AGUCACGAGAGGGGAUUUGGGAAAAUUGCCUGAGAAGUGAGAGGAGAGGAGCCCCGGACCUGAACGCCGGGCUGUUCGCGGCUUUCCAAGCGAGCACGGCGCGCGCGGAUCAACCAGCUCGAUCAACUAACGCGUCUCUUCGGCACGUGCGGGAUUUUUAGCCCAUCUUGCUGCGACGUGGUGUAACGUUACGCACGGUUAGCAACUGCCAUGCUCGCAUUACAGUCACAAACUGUGGGACACACUGGUGAUUGGGGUCGCCGUCGUUAGCCCCGAAGCUAGCUAAAGGCUGGAGACCAAUAGGAGCGUUAGUGGACAAAGCUCUGGGUUCGGCUCUGGUUCGUAGCGGCACGCUGGAGUUACAGCCGAGUUAGCCCGACCACAGGCUCGCACUGGGAGCUGGGUUCGUCCACUGCCCCGUGCUGCAGGGCUUUGGCUUCAUUUGGGCUCAUAUCAGAUGGAGGAUUUGGAAUCCCAGCCUACUAUGCCUUCUGCUGGACUGCUUUCAUAAACGUGCUAGCCAUGGCUUCUCGCAACGUAGACAACCUCCCAAGUGAAGGGAAGGAGUUAACUUCGGCCUCUGAAGAGCUUUCUCCACGUGGCCCAGAUGAAAUCUCAGAGAUUCAGUCGGACACGGCGAACACGACGGUGAAAUCUCAAAAGUCUGGAAAGUUUAGAAGGACUGCACUAACGUUUUUUGGCGUUCGCAAAAGCAUCUGCAUUUUACCAAGUUUUUUUGGAGGAAAAAGUAAAACUCAGAACAAGUGGUCCUCCAAGAAAGGACUCACCAAAAGCAGAACCCAUGAUGGCCUAAGUAAGGUGGGUCAUGAUGAGGACAGGUUCACCUCAGCUGGAGAUUUUGAGUACCACAGUCAGAGGGACGGUGCUGGGGUACUCCACAGUGGCUGUCAAAACGAAUUUAUUCACCUUCCUGUUGACCAGAAAUCCCUGACCCUGGGUCGGCAGAAAAAAGGCUUCAGGAGUCUUUUUAGUAGUUUUAAGCAUCACAGAAACUAUAGAAAUGUUGAUAAAACAGAAAUGGUUACCAUGUCUAGUACCUGCAAGAAAGAGGUACCUGUUGUCCAGGACAGCACAAAGCAGUAUGUCACAGAGUGCCUGGUAUCUGAACCGGAUGUGCCUGAUUGUGCAGAUGUUAUGUGUGAUUUUUCUAUUGGACCUGAAUGUAAUGAUGCUGAUGCAGUAGCAUUAGAGGAGGGCAUGCAGCCAGAAAGUCCAAAGUCUGGACCUGAUGAUCAGAUAUUUGCUGAUCAAAUGGAAGAGCUGAAGUUGAUGGCUAAAGUUUCCAGUGAAUAUGAGGAGAUCUCUAGAGGACACAGUGAGCCUUGUCUGAAACUCCACUCAACAUCAGAGCCUCUGUUGACGUGCGAAACACCUGCUGGCUCAUCAGACCAGCUAAACAAGAUUUUUGGAGAUGUAGCAUCAUUAAAGAGUUUUGAUUCUCUCACUGGCUGUGGAGACAUUAUUGCAGAUCAAGAGGAUGACAGCAUUACAGAGAGCACAGUUUCUGGAGAAAGAAGCCGAAACGGAGGAAAGAGGGCCUCUUGUUAUCUUACUUAUCAAGGUGGGGGAGAAGAAAUGGCCUCACCUGAAGAUUUAGACGAGGAGUGCCUUCAGGAUUUCUGGGGAAAUACUGCUUCUGAAGAUGUCUGCUACACCUGCAAUCAAGACCACACAGAUGUUACUGCUGAUUUGACAAGCGCUCAUAAUAUGAACAAUAACAGUACCCAGCAAGCCAGUGGCAUGGACACAUCUUCAAUUACUGACGUGUUAACGCCUCAGAGUGAGCAUCAAGAAUCUGUUCCAAAUAGCGACGAGGGAUACUAUGAUUCAACCACCCCAGGACCAGACGAAAGUCAGGAAAAGAGUGAUAGACUGAGGACCGACCGAUUACCCCGCGAUAGUUACAGUGGAGAUGCGCUCUAUGAACUCUUUGCUCCCGAUGAGAGUCUCAUCAGUCCGCACUAUGAAAACAAAUCAAAACAACCUGGGUCAAAUCAUUGUGAGUAUAUAAGUGAGGCAGUAGAUGUGUCAGAUUCCUUUGUCCCAGAGAUGAAUCGUUUACAAAUAAGUACUGAACUUUAUCAAGUUCAUAAAUUCGGUGAGUCUCCAAAAACAUGCUGUAAAGCUUCAGAGUCGGCACAAAUUAUGGUCAGUCGUCAGGAAGUCGGCAUGAAUAAAAGCUGUAAUUUGAAUUCAAAACCACAAGCGUCAGAUGAUGACUUGAGUAAUACCGAACAGGAUGGUCUUGAUGAAAAGGGAAAUGUGCUUGAUUCCACUGAAAAAAGAGAAGAAUCCAAAAAUGCUGACAGUGUCGAAAGGCAUGGUAGCAUAUUGUUUGGAGAAACAUCUGACCCAGAUUUUGAAACAUUUUGUGAAACCAAAGAGCAUCACCUUGAGGAGAACAAGCCUGUGGCAUUACCCUACAGGAAUAUCAACGCUCAGCCUGCAGAUUGUAACACUGAGUUGAACGAUGAGCAUACUGUGUGUUUCUCACAGGCACUUGAGGACUACACAAAACAUUCUAAGAUGCUCAGUAACAACAGCGUGGAUGAUUUGGAGACAAACUCUGCCUUCACUUCAAAUAUGGAGGCCUUACCUACUAUAGUCACAUUUGAUGUAGUUGAUAUGCAUAAUGAGGGGGAAUACGAUGAGGAGAUUCACAUGGAACUGGAGGAGGACAUUUCACCGCCUUAUCAGGAGUUUGAAGACAGCUACUUGCAGAAAGAUGCAUUUGCUGAAUGUGACUAUCAGAUUUUAGACCUGUAUGAACAGAACCUGAUCAGUAACACAUGGGCAGUCGCUAGUCUCCCACGGCACCUCGACCUUACAAGAGUCAGCCAGUACAUGCCUAAUCCACUGACUCUAGACAGGAGAAGCAGAUCUCUAGACAGAGAAAGUCUUGAGUUGAAGAUGUCUGACACAUAUAGAGCUGCUGUCAUUUCUUGUCCUCAAACUGAAAAACCCUCUGAACGAGAUGCUUCACCUCAUUACAGAAGGAAUGUGCUCAUGUCUGCAUCGUGGCAGACAAGGUCAGAAAUGGCCUUAAGCCUUCCACUGACCGAUAGGGAAAUUGCUGAAAGAGUAGAGCCCAACACCCAAGUAAAACACAAAAUAUUUUCUGCUUCAUCCAGCAGCAAUUGCUCAAACAUUAAAUCUCAGCAUCUCUGUUCCAGUGGGUCAGACUCAUUGUCCUUUGAGGUAAUGUCACAGAAUACAGACCAUUGCAACAAAUCGUGUCAGCUUCCUUUGCAGUCAGAUGCUUGUUCACCUCAAGGCACAUUUGCUUAUUCUGAAAUGGGGGAGGAGGUCUCGGAUGACACUGACGAUGUUUUUUGUAAAGCUACCGUUAAUUUGCCACCUUAUCAGUGUAAUAAAAGCAGACCAGUGGUGGGUAGGGAAGGAAUUUGUCACACUGGGAGUACUCUCAGCACAGGGAUGUCGAAGGAUGAAAUGUCCAUCGUCAGUGAAACGAGAACGCACAGGGACGUUGCAUGCAUCAUAGCUUGCAGCAAACUACCAGAGGCAACCUUUAACUAAAAAGCUCUUACGCGCACAGUAGGUAUUUAGAUGCCACAUGUACAUUUGCAGUACAGUGAGUGAUUUAUGUUGCAUCUAAAAGAUUGUUUUCUUUUUCUUUUACAGUCAUGUCUUGAUUCAUUUGAAAUGUUUUUGUAAUGAAUUGUAUACAAAUUCAUAUUUGAAAUGAAACUGACGUGGAAUCUGCUGAUGAGCUGUGACAGGUACAACACAGCUUAAGUAAAAGGAUUUGUACAGUAAUAUUUGCAUCACGCAGGUGGCAGACAUUUGUCAGCAGGAGGUUUUUAAGUGCAUAAUUAUUUAAUUUGCAUCAGAAAUGAUCACAUCCUAAUUUAUUCUAUAUCCUAUAUGUAGCCUCGCUAUCCUUUGUGUAAUAGGUGUCUCCUCAAGCUUGAAUUCUUAGCACAGCCAGGCAGGGCUCACCAUGUCUUGAAACGUGUGAUUAUGCUUUAAGUGGCAGCUUAUGUUUGUUUGUACUGCUUCUUUUGCAGCCUCUAUUGCCGAGUCAAGGUUGAUGUUGGCCUCUCAUGUUGCUUAAAUUUGCAUCUAGCUAGUUUACAUAAUUUCAAGCAAGAUACGAACUCUUGGAGAAGAACAAAGAUAUGUUUAAAAAAACAUUAGUCAAUACAUUAAUGGGAUAUAUUUCACAUACAUUAAGCUCAAACUGUAUUUUGCUUAAACCUUCAAUAGCUAACAGCUAGUUCUUCUCAGCCAGAACAAAAUAAGCAAUUGUAGCAGAUGUACAAAUCAACUGAAGGUUCUUGUUAUUUCAUUUAAAUGAUAUGAAUCUCUGCAUUUAAUCUGUGUAUAAAAGUGCUUUAUAUAAGGCAUUGAUGCUGCUGUAAAAUAUAGUUUCUGUAAAAGAGAAAGGUCAAGGAAAGUGUCAAUGUGGUGUCUGACUUGUGGCCUGAUGGGCUGUUUGGCCUUACUAUGGCUGUUGUUUUUCCUCAGUCCCAUUCUGAGAUUGUGCUGUGUAAUAUGCGAAAUUGUGUAUGCCAGCUUGUGGAAUCACAGUAGUUAGAUUUAGUUUAAGAUGAAACACUAGGUCAAAAGAGAAACUGUAUUUUCACUAUUGCAUCAUUUUGUGAAUUUAAUGGUGUUUAAAAGUUAUCAUCACAUCAGAUGAUGUAGUUUUUAUAGUGUAAUAUUUAACAAAGGAUUUGUAUUUAUAUUCUCAGCUAUUUGUACAGUGUAUUCUGAAUGGUUAUACAUUUUUUUGUUUAUUGUUGUUUUUUCCCCAUAAUUUCAAAAUUACAUACAUGUUACACUACACUAUUUUUUUUUUAGAUUUCUUACUGUUAUGUCCCAAUAGAACACUGCCUUACACUAUUAAAAUAAAUAUAAUAAAACAUUGA